AGCUGUUCGAGUGACGCAGAGGGUGCCAACGAACUUUCAAUUUACUACCAUUGAGGUGCCGGUCGGGCCGAAAAAAUCAAUUGCUCGUGACACCAUUACGUCCGACUGCGCGUGCCAAUUUUUCUUCUGCGAGGGGAAAAAAGGGUUGUUUUUGCCCUCGCAGCGGCAGACCCAUGACUCUGCGUGGUGCCAUGUGACGCAAAAAUGGAGCCGGACAAUGAGCAGCCAGUCAAGGACCUCCAGGCUUCGCUUUUUCCAGUUUCACCCAAAGGAAAUUACCUCUCCGAACUUCUGCAGACAACGCUGAAAACGACGCACAUCGAGGGCAGCGCAGAAUGGAAAGCCCAACAGAAGGCCCUGUCCCGACUGCGAGAGCCGCGCGAUCUGUUCGCUCUGAAAAAAGAGCCGUACACGCAGCAAAUCCCACGGUGGCCCAUCGAAUGCCAAGUGCUGGAGCAACAGGUCGAGCACAUCCCAUACAGUCCCUCAAUUCCUGAGCCUUACUACGUGCCAACGGGACGGGAGCUCCAACCGCGGCCGGUCGGCGAGGAAGCCGGAACGCUCAUUUACGACUACAAUCCGACCACCUCUGUCUCUUACUUUAGCAGAGCAGUUGCCGGUGGGAUCAAAGCAGAACCGCAAGUUGAAAUUGAGGACGAGGAAGAUUUCACGCUGCAGUUCGAGUCCAGAUUCGAGUCGGGAAAUUUAGCCAAAGCAAUUAAAGUGACAGAGACCUAUUAUGAACUGUACCUCAGAACUGACUUGUACACCUCCAGACAUAUGCAGUGGUUUUACUUCCAGAUUAAAAAUACCAGAGCCAAUGUCAUGUACAGACUUUCCAUCGUCAACUUGAUGAAACAAGACAGUUUAUACUCAAAUGGCAUGCGGCCUCUCAUGUACUCGACAAAGAAAGCGGAGCUGAAAAGGGUCGGUUGGCACAGGACGGGAGACAACAUUACCUACUUCAAAAACGAUUUGCAGGAGUUUCGGACUGACGAGGAAGAAUGCCCUUGUUACACACUGACAUUCACCUUGUAUUUUCCUUACGACAACGAUACUGUCUACAUUGCUCAUUGUUAUCCAUACACGUAUUCCACACUGCAGGAUUAUCUGCUGAACUUACAAAAUCAUCCUGUGAAAUCCGAGUACACAAAGUUAAGGCUGCUGUGCAGAUCCUUGGCUGGAAAUAAUGUUUAUUAUUUGACCGUGACAGAACCGUCUAGCAGCGAAGAAAAAAAAAAGAAACCAGCAAUAGUUGUGUCUGCGCGAGUUCAUCCUGGCGAAACCCCAGCGUCAUUUAUGAUGAAGGGCCUAAUUGAUUUCCUAACUGGAAACUCGGCACCGGCAAAGGAGUUGCGUUCCAAAUUUAUUUUCAAAUUGAUUCCGAUGCUUAAUCCGGACGGCGUCAUCGUGGGCAACAAUCGGUGCUCCCUGACGGGCCGAGACCUGAACAGACAAUAUCGCACCGUGAUAAGGGAGACUUACCCUCCGGUGUGGCACACCAAAGUUUUGCUCAGGCGACUCAGCGAGGACUGCGGCAUCGCCCUGUAUUGUGAUUUGCACGCGCACUCGAGGCGGCACAACAUUUUCAUCUACGGCUGUGAAAGCAGGCGGCCCGGAGACAAACCCCUCCAAGAGCAGGUCUUUCCACUGAUGAUGCGAAAAAAUUCUCCCGACAAGUUUUGUUUUGAGAGCUGCAAAUUUCGGGUGCAGAGGUCCAAGGAAGGAACCGGCAGGGUGGUCGUUUGGAUGAUGGGGGUGCCCAACAGCUACACCAUGGAGGCCUCGUUCGGCGGCUCCACCCUGGGCUCGAGGUGCGACACGCACUUUUCCAUGGCGGACUUUGAAGGCAUGGGUCGCUGCUUUUGCGAAACACUGCUCGAUUUUUGUGAUGACGAGCCGAGCAAGGAGCGGCUGAGGGCCAAAAUCGUCGACAGGCUCGUCAAGGAGGGCUCCAGCGCUGACGAGCCGCUCAACAUUAAUCUGUCCGAUUAUUCGAGUGCGAAUAGUGACGAGGGCGACACGAGUUCGGCUUCUGACGAGGACAACGAGGUGCAGGGCGGCAAGUUGAACAGACUGGCUCUGCCUGACCAACCGAGAGACGCGUGGUGCGACGGGGCCAAAGGGAGUAAAUCCGAAGACAGCUCGUCUCCAAAAGAGGAGAGCCCUAAGAAAAUAAAGGGUGAUAUUGUUGUACCUGGUAAAGUUCUCACUCCUCGACGCCUCUCUCUUCGAAUGCCGAGAGCCACAUUGGACUUGGCAGAUUCGGACACGCAUUUGGCAAUCGAAGAUCCGCCGGCGUCGUUUACCGCGUCCUUCCGAAGACACAGGAGACGAGAGUGGAUCAAAAGGUCCAACAGUCAAGUGACUCAGCAGCUGCAGGGAAUCGACCCAAAGGCUAAAAUGAUGCCGCCAGAACUAGUUGUCGUCCAAGCACAAGUUUACGAGUCUAGUUUUGACUAUGGCGACGUCCACGUCUCAGCAAAGGACACAGUCUCUGAAAGUGUGAGCCUGCCAAGCAUUACCAAAUUCCAGCCCUCGUCCGAGCGACAACGGUCUGGUUCCUUCCAGCAAAUGAAGUCCAUGCCUGCUUACAGAGCAUUUUAUGAAUCGCACAGGGUCUUGGCACAGAGGAAGGCUGUGGAAGAAAAAUUUACUUCGCCACCUAGUCCAACGCAAAAUUUGCUGAGACCGAAGCCGAAACUGCAGAAGCAGAAAACCAUCAGGAAGAAUAGUAAGGACGAAGGAUUUGACUCUCAAAAACCGGAGGAGACCGAGGCGAAAUCGGCCAAGAGGAGCACAAAGUUGAGGGCGAAAUUCAAGAAGACGAGCAUCGUUUCGGUGGCGGUGACGAGGACCAAACAAAUUGCGGAAACCGUGGUCAAAAUCGAGCCACAGGCCAAAGGGGUGAAACCUAGUUCAAGCCAAAAAGUGCCUUCUCCGAGUAAGAGGAAGGUGAAGAAAAUCACCCGUGGGCAGUCCACCGAUUUUUAG